CGAAAUAAAGGCACAUAGUGCGUAAAUGCGUUUGUUAGCCUUUAAGUGUCUUAGGACACCUUGAAUACAAAUACGUCCCUCGAAAGUGAGGGUGCAUCUUGAAAGCCGGUUGAGUUGAAUGCAAUCAAACCAAUAAAAACGCUUGUCGUCUGCUCCUUCCUCGUGUGGAGUUUGUGUGUGUGAGUGUGUGUGUGUGUGCACUUGUCGUCGUGCCCGUGCCACUAACUUUUUUCGGCAGCGGAAAAUGGCAGAUCCAGGCACCGUCAAAGACACCUCCGAACCCAAGGGCGUUGCUCGUAUAAAACCCGAGUUUCUUGAUCCGGACCAUAUUCCUCAUCUUGCUGAAGAUUGUCUGUCUCAAGCUGACAAGGAUAAGUUUGCUAGUGGCUCUGCCAAUAAUGGUGCUACUGAGGUUGAUGAAAAUGGGAAAGAGUCGGGACAGAAUUCUGGAGGUCUUUCAGACAAGCCCGCUUUUAAACGUUUAUCUAAGGCAGAAAAGAAGAAACUCAGAGGACAAAACAAGGCUCGUCCCCCCCCUUUUAAAGUCGAUCGAGAACAAAUUUUGUGCCAUACCCUUGUUGAUAUUGUUGAGGGGGAGACUCCAGCACCAUGCAACAAUGCAAGAUGCUUCAGCAUCCAUGACAUUAAGGCAUUCAUGGCCAUACGCCCACCUGAUAUAGGGACCACAUGUUACAAUUUUGAAGUCAGAGGUCGCUGUCCUCGUGGUAUUAACUGCCGGUUUGGCAGUGGUCACAUAACUGAAAAUGGCUUCAACAAAAUAAAUGAAGAUGUUUGGAAGAAAUUUUCCUCCCGUUCUUCUCCACCUACCUUAAAUGCCUUGACCAAAGACCUUCAAGUAUCUCUGAGAAAGCGUUUGUAUGACUUUAGCAAAAGUGAAAAAAUUUUAGAAGUAUCCAAGACACAAUCUAAAGCAGGCUCCAAGCGCACUUGUGAGGGUGAAAUUAAGAAGGAAGCCCCCAAACUUGAGGCAGUUGCUGGAGUAACAGGAUGUGAUGGAAGUACCAAGAAAGUGGAAGAUAGUCCUAGUUCUGAAGUAAAUAAUGUCUCUGAGAAAAUUGGGCCAGUUCUAGAUGACGACACCAUCAAGUUGAAACCUGCAGAAAAGAAAACAAUUGACUGGCGUGGCAAGCUGAUUAUGAGUCCUCUGACUACUGUUGGUAACCUUCCCUUCAGACGCAUUUGCAAGGAAUAUGGAGUGGAUGUGACAUGUGGAGAAAUGGCCAUGGCCUCCUCACUACUGCAAGGUCUGAACCAGGAAUGGGCACUUGUGAAGAGACAUGAGUCAGAGGAUAUUUUUGGAGUUCAGAUCUGUGGAAACAAUCCAUAUACAAUGACAAAAAGUGCCCAGGUUCUGCAGGAAAACAUUGAAGUUGAUUUUAUUGACAUAAACAUGGGUUGUCCCAUUGAUCUUGUGUAUCAAGAGGGAGCGGGAAGUGGCCUCAUGCACCGAGAGAAGGUUUUGCAGUCAAUUAUAGAUUCUAUGAACAAAGUUAUGACUAUUCCACUCACUGUUAAGACUAGAGCGGGAAUAGUGACUGGGAAGAAUAUUGCUCACAACUUCAUGCCUUACUUCAGAGAUUUAGGGGCUUCUCUUGUAACAGUUCAUGGGCGAUCCAGAGAGCAACGUUACACACGACUUGCUGAUUGGGAUUAUAUUGAUGAGUGUGCGAAGAUUGCGCAUCCCGUUCCUUUGUUUGGCAAUGGAGACAUUAUGUCGUAUGAAGACUAUAAACAUGUCAUUGAUACUUAUAAAAAUAUAUCAGGUGUGAUGAUUGGUCGUGGGGCUUUGAUAAAACCUUGGAUCUUCACUGAGAUCAAGGAACAGAGAUUAUGGGAUAUAUCAAGCAGGGAGAGAUUAGAUAUUAUGAAGAAAUAUGUUAACUAUGGUCUGGAACACUGGGGUAGUGAUACCAAGGGAGUUGAAAGUACUCGUCGCUUCCUUCUAGAGUGGAUUUCAUUUCUUCAUCGGUAUAUUCCUGUUGGAAUUUUGGAAUGCCCACCGCAGAAAAUCAAUGAUAGGCCUCCAGUGUUCAAAGGGAGAGAUGAGCUGGAAACUUUAAUGGCUAGCCCUAACUGUGCUCACUGGAUUCAAAUAAGUGAAAUGUUACUUGGCAAAGUUCCUGAGGGCUUCAAUUUCCUUCCAAAGCACAAGGCAAAUUCUUGGAAAUGACAUAGCUGUAUCUAAAUAUUGUCAGAUUGAUGGAAAAAUGAACUUGAAGUGUGUGCCUUGUUUGGUAUUUUGUUGUUUUUGUUGUACUCAAUCUUGAGCACUUAAGAUCUAUGUCAACAACGAAUAAUAAAACCCUCUAUAAAUGCUCAAAAACA